AUGUCUGAAUCGACUGACUUUACGCCUUUGCAGGCAAGAGAGAUUGUUCUUGAUAUUGCAGAGGGAAAAGGCUGGGUUGAGCAGAGAAUACGGGAAAAAACCGACCCCGACACCCUACGACUUCUGAGAACCAUUGCGAGAAUCCGCGAAGAUCUAGGAGAUGCUGUUGAAAGGAUCGCCCGAGAUAUUGGCUCGCGGAAGGCUAGAUUUAUUCUUGAAAUGAUACAAAAUGCUGAAGAUAACAAAUUCACGAAAACCGGAGAAAUCCCGUCAAUUUCCUUCAAAGUGUUUCCUGAUCGGAUGCUAGUUGAAUGCAAUGAAGAUGGGUUUACCCAAGAGAACGUGCAGUCGAUUUGUCGAACUGGAAGAAGCUCAAAGAAGGCCCGUGGUUACAUCGGGGAAAAGGGCAUCGGGUUCAAAUCCGUCUUCCAGGUCGCAUCUAAAGUCCACAUACAGUCCAACGCAUUCUCCUUUUCCUUUCAGUACAAUGGAGGAAGUACAAGUGAGGAAAAGCUCGGGAUCGUGACGCCAAUUCCCGAAGACGAAGUGCUUCCGCGCCACGAAUGGCCUAUCACGAGGAUGACUUUGACCACACUUGAAAGUAUCUCCUACGAGGACUUGGUUGAUCAGUUCAACAACAUUCCCGAAAACCUGCUCUUGUUCUUAUCGACGCUAGAAGAGCUUAAAAUUACCAUCCAUGGCUAUGGUCAAGGAAAAUCCGUAACGACAUUCCAAAAAAGAGCAGAUGCUAGGACUGGAAUGGUGGAACUUGUCAAGACAGUGGGGAAUUCAGAUGCUCAAAGUGCAGCAGACGUCACUGUCACUCAAUAUCGAAUUGUGAAGCGGGAAUUAAGAAAUCUUCCAAUCGAUCGCGUGCGCCCUGAUAUCCAUGAAUGCGAGGUAGUUCUGGCGUUUCCCUUAGAAAGUGGACGCCCUCUCAUAUCCCCGCAAAAUACCUUCGCGUUCUUACCAAUUCGGAGCUUUGGAUUCUCUUUCGUUAUUCAAGCCGACUUCAUCGUGGAAGCAAGCAGGCAAGACGUUGUGGAUUCACCCCGGAACAAAGCCAUUCUGAACGGAGUGGCUGAAGCAUUUCGUGAUGCAGUGCUAGAAUUUUGUAGCGUUGAUUCUCCGCUGCGGUAUCAGUGGAUGAGAUUUCUACCUACAGCUGAAGUGCGUGAUUCUCUCUGGACCGUCUUGUCAUCCAGAAUUGUCAGGUUAUUGCGUGAAGAGAGAAUUCUAUUUCCGGACGUGAGCUCACAAGCUCGAAAGCCCCUUUAA